GUAGGUGGUGCUUCUGUAAAGCAGAAGCUUUACAAACUCGAAGGCACACUUUCUCAAUGUGAAAGAAAACCGGCUUGGGCUGUGAAGAAGGUUUGUAUGGAGCAAGGGCAGCUCAGCAACACGGUUAUUCUUCUCUGAGAAUCCAUGUUCCCCCAGCCACUACAGAUUUAUACACACUAAGAAAUCAGCUCAGAAGCAACAUGUCUGAGAAACCAAAACUCACCUACUUUAAUGGCAGAGGGCGUAUGGAAUCCAUCCGGUGGUUGUUGGCAGCAGCCGGAGUUGAGUUCGUGGAAGAAUUUUUGGAAACAAAAAACCAGCUUUCGAAGCUCAUCAAAGAUGGGUGUUUGCUGUUUGAUCAAGUCCCAUUAGUGGAGAUGGAUGGGCUGAAGCUGGUCCAAACAAAGGCCAUUCUCAACUAUAUAGCCGAGAAAUACAAACUCCGUGGGAAAGACCUGAAAGACAGGGCACAAAUUGAUAUGUAUGUGGAAGGCACUAUGGAUCUAAUGGGAAUGUUUUUAAUGUAUCCAUUCUCUCCACCUGAGCAAAAAAAGACUCAGCUUGCCUCCAUCAUCGAGAAGGCCACAACCAGAUACUUUCCAGUCUAUGAAAAGGCAUUGAAACAGCAUGGGCAGCAAUUUCUUGUCGGUAAUUGCUUUAGCUGGGCAGAUGUACAACUGCUUGAAGCAAUUUUAAUGGUAGAAGAGAAAAAACCUGAUGUUCUUUCGUCAUUUCCUCAACUGCAGGCUUUCAAAGAAAGAACAAGCAACAUCCCUACUAUUAAGAAGUUCCUGCAGCCUGGGAGCCAAAGGAAACCGCCUCCUGAUGAUGCAUAUGUAGCCACUGUGAUGAGCAUUCUCGCCUAAGUAUGGCAUCAUGUGUCAAGAAUGCUUGCCAGUUCAUGUGCAAAUGCUGAAUAUCAGAAGGCAGUUAAAAUUAAAUGAUCACGUUUAUAAUUGAAAGCAGUAAGUGAGAAUGUAGAAUGCUGAGCAGUCGUCGCUUCUUUGAGUGUAGCUUGCUUUACAGAUCAUUCAGUUAUUUCAUUGAAAAUGUUAAAUAUAAAGUAAGAGAAUGUACUAUUUGUUGGAAGUGAAAAACCUGUGUGCUGUCUCCUGCCUCAGUGACAGAGGGGGGCUGAUUAGUGAGUCAGACAGCUAGAGGGGUCAAACCACUGGCCAUCCUUUUUUCUACUGAUCUGACACUAUCCCUUUGAUAUGUAGAUUGCUAUUGUUAGGGAACUUCCUUUCUUCUUCCUGCUGCUUUUCCACAAUCCACCUUUCUUGCACGCACACUUCUCCAUCUUGCAGCAUAUAGGGAGAGAUGCAGACAGCAUCUCUAUCCAUCUAGCUAGUCAGAUUAGACUACACAACCUAUCUCUCCACUUUCCUGUCUAGAAUGGAGUUCUCUAAUAAAGAUUCCUUUAUAUUCAUUUAAAAUUA